AUGUAUGCUGUAACUUCAUCGAAUUCUGAUGGGAAAACUCUGUUGUCAAUUCUCAGGCAUUGGACUGUGGUUCCUCCAUCCAUCAGCUUCAGUUUUUGCUCAUGGGCUGGAGUGCUGUGCCAGCAAAAUGCUUAUUUUGUUGCUGCUUUGAACCUGUCUGGUUUCGGCAUUUCAGGUCAAUUAGGAUCUGAAAUUGCCAACUUGAAGCAGCUGAGAUCAAUUGACUUGAGCUACAACAGUCUUUUUGGUUCAAUUCCUGCAGAAAUUGGAAACUGUACUCUGCUUCAGCUGCUGGAUUUAUCAUUCAACAGCUUCAGUAGAGAAAUGCCGGGGAGCAUCGGAAACUUGCAGAACUUGGAAUACAUUGGCUUGUUUGAUAAUUCUCUCAAAGUUAUGAUUCCAGAAUCCUUGUUUUCCAUCCCUCAACUCCAAAUUAUCAGGGACGAUUCUUCCUCUGUAGGAACUUUCAGUUCUUUGGAAGAACUUUAUUUGAAUGUAAACCAUUUGGUUGGAUCACUUCCUGAGAGUUUAGAUAAUCUCCUAGAGCACUUAGUUUACCUUGAUGUUAGCAGCAAUAUGUUAGAAGGGAGACUUCCAUUUUUCUCAGGAAACCGUAAAGAUAUAGACACAUUGGUCUUCUCUGACAAUCAAUUCAGUGGAUAUAUUCCAUCUGCUUUGGGGAAUUGCAGUAGCCUAACAGCGCUUGCUGCGCGAAAUUGUUCCUUUACCAGCUCGAUUCCUUCCUCUUUUCUCCAGCUUGAGAAGCUGAAGCUUCUUUAUCUUUCUACCAAUCAACUGUCAGGAAAGAUUCCUCCAGGGCUGGGAAAUUGCAGGUCCUUGGUUGAUCUAAGAUUACAUGAAAACCAACUUGAAGGCGAAAUCCCAGUUGAGCUAGGGAUGCUCAGUGAGUUGGAAAACUUGUAUCUUUAUACCAAUAAUUUGAUUGGUGAAAUUCCAACAAGUGUAUGCAAGAUUCAUAGCCUCCAGAAUGUUGCAGUUUAUCGAAACAAUCUUACUGGACAGCUUCCCGAAGAGAUCACAGAAUUAAAAGGGUUAAGGAACUUAUGCUUGUACGGGAACAAAUUGACUGGCGUGCAUAAUACCACAAGGGUUGGGUGUUCACAGCAGUUUAGAGCUGGUGGAUUUCAGUGA